AUGGCAGAGUGGUGCACCAGGAAGAAAUACACUGAUGGACACAGAGUCACCCCCGAAAAGUAUGUUACCUAUAUAAGAGAGCUCACGGCACGGGACGAGUACUACGACAAGGAAAAUCCUCACCUCUGCAUCAAGCCCUUCAUUGCACAUAUCCACAUCCACAGAGGAGCCAAUGCCCACCGUGCUUCCAAGGGGACAGUUCUGGAGGCUCUGAAAGCCAUCCGAGCACUUUACUUGGAUCAGUGCAUCGUCGAGAACGUCGAGCCGAAUGUUCAUAGGGAUCUGGCAAAAACUUCGAUCGAUGUCAUCAUGAGCAACUAUGAAAAGCUGUUGAAAGAAUGUCCUGGUCUGCCGCGCAUUAUUACCCCUGAUGGACAAGUUUUACAGCGGGAGAAAGAGCACCAGCAGAAUGAGAACCAGGAAGUUGUUCAACAGAAGCCUGAGAACUUGGAGGCCUAUAGUCAGGAGAAUGAGCAUCAGGGAGUUCUCCGUUAUGAUACCCCGCGGGAGGAUGUGCAGCCAGAGGAUGUGCAGCAGGAAGAUGUGCGGCAGGGAGAUGUAGAGGUGGAGGAUGUCCAGGAGGGGGAUGUACAAGAGGAGGAUGUACAAGAGGAGAAUGUUCAAGAGGAAACUAUCCAGAAGAUGAAUCCCCAGGUCAGCGGCAGAAACAAGGAACCGUCCAUAAUCCAGCUCAAAAUGGUCAUGAAAUCCCUUUGGAACCCUCAGACUAAACUAUCUUCGCGGGGACACUCGUGGAUGAUUGCGCAUCGAGAACGGUUACGUCUGGCAUUCGGCUACUUUGAGACCGACUCUCGAAAUGACUUUGCGACCCUCUCACCACCACAACUCCACCACCUGCAAAUACGGCCAGAGGACAAAGACCAGAUACCAACGCAGGGAGUCGCAGUGACGCUUCAUUCCAGGAAGCGAUAUGGCGACCCUUCGCGGUACUCGAUUUUCCUGCGGGAAGAAGAUGUGCAGGUCUGCCCUAUUGGCGCGCUCGCCUUCUUUCUCCUUGGCAAAUGGACGGAGAAAAAGUCGUUCCCAAACUUUGGCAGUGACAACUGGGCGACUGAACCUAUCGAGUUUUUGAAAGAUGCACCAAAGGCAGGAGAGAAUACCAGGCAAGUGACGACACCAGACAUCUCGGAACAGGAUGGAGGCGCGAAUUCGGCAGCACUAUUCGCAAAGGUCAUUGAAGCCAACACAGAAGAACGACCCUACAGCUCCUUCUUCAGUCUCCUAAACCCAUCACCCACUCGAUACCAAAACAGCACCAAGGUAGCCACUCCCGCUAUCCUAACAACAACCCUUCCCCAACCAUCCGUCUUUCACCUCCCACGGAGCAGACUCCUUUUGCCCCCGGACCUCCAACGACAACUGUUCCCCUUUAUAGAGGACUUUUAUGAUGAUAGUGCGGAUUGGAAGAUGUGGGUGGAGAAUAUUAUGAUGGAUCGACCAGAUGCCACGGAUCGGCUGCCGAACAAGGAUAAGGAUGUCAAGUAUGUUAAUUUGGAUUUUCCGAAGAUUCGGUAUUUGUUGUUUGUGGCGGGGUUGAGGAAGGUUGUUUUGCAGGACUUUGCGGCGAUGAUGGCUUGUGAGCCGGAGGAGGAUGGGGAGAGGAAGACCGGGUUUGACCAUACGUUUGCAGUUAAGCACCCCGUCUUGUCCUCGUCGGCUUUUAGGGAAUUUGCGGCGCAGCUUCAGGAGGCGAUGGUUGCUGAUGCGGUGGUGGAGGCGAGGGUGCCUACGAAAGCUCAAGAGUUGGCGGAAGAUGAGGAGGUUCAAAGUUUCGAGGUUCAGGAGACCGUCCAAGCGUCAACGAAAACAACAACGCAAACUGAAACAACCACUACCACUCGUCCAGUCACCAGGAAGGGCAAAGAGAAUCAAAGUAGAGUUUCGACUUUGGAUCUGACGGCUUCUUCGACGGACGUUGUACAAGUGCCUGUCGCCACAGGGUCUCAUAAUCUGCAUAAUGGGACGGACAGUCUUCUAGAGGUUAUUCAAGAACUGUGUGCGAGGGUGGCGUCUCUGGAACAGAUGGAGAAGCAGGAGUCUGAAUUCGCUACACCAGCGUCUGCAACAACGCUCCUGGCUGACACCCUCUCGCGGGACAAGGACACCAGCAUGGAUAUGGACUCGAAUAUGGAUGUUAACAUGGAUGAGGAUGCUGCCAACGGUGCCCUCAGAAACAACGACACUAGCCAUAGCAAGGAUAAUGACGUUGAUCGACUUCGCCGAGAGAACCAAAGUCUCCGCAACAAGUUGGCGGCACUGGAGCGUGUCAACCUGGAAUUGGCUGAAGAGAACCAGCGGCAGUCGUCAUUGUCCUGUACGCCCGAGCCACAUGUACUCUCGAUACCACCCGCAGUCUCUGCAACCCCGUCACGAGUUGUCUCUCGGGCUUCCUACGAACUCGGUCGUGCCCCCAACGGUCGUCUCGGCAGGAGAAAGAACGACAGCAACAUUGUCAGUGCAACUUGCUCUACACCCAAAACAGUCAUCCAGGGUGACCACACCACUACCACCAUCGCAGCCGCCUCCAUAGCUCCAAUCAACACCCAUAACAACAACCACACCGACAUCAAGGAGAGGCACAGGAGCCACAGCGCCACUAGCACAAGCACUUGCGAAACCUCAAUGCUCCGCCAAGAAGUCCAAGAUCUCAGAAGCCAAUUAGCCUCCCUUGAACAAGAAGAACAAGGCGCCCUCAACUAUGCCGCAGUAGCAAUCGAAUCGGUCGAGUUCCUGGACAACAAAAUCCUUCAGAUAGAACAGUCGAUGCAUGGACUCUGGACUAUGAUUGCCAGGAACGAGGCGACCAAGUUUGCGUCUGCAGGAUCUGGGGGGCCGAGGUCGCCUGCGAUGGGGAUGGCGGCGGCGCCACCUCCUCCGCUUUCGCCUUUACACCAGCAGCAUCAGCAACGGCAGUAUCAAGAUCCGUCUGGUCGCGCGAGUGUGGAGGCGAGACUACGUGUUGAUACUUUGCCGCUGCGGGGCAGGGUGGUUUCCUCUGCGGUUGCUGCCUCUGCGGCUUCUGGAUCAGGCGCGUCCAUGGCAAAAUGA